CGCGCAGGGCCUUGGCGGCAGGGUGGGUUUGCGCGAGAGCGAGAGGCGGCGGCGGCUCAAGCGUCCGGCGUCGCGCGUGGAUAGGCCGGCCCGCGGCUUCCUUCCCUCCCCCCCAGCCAAUCGCCAGGCGGGACUUCCUGGAAGGGCUAGCUGCGUUCGCGCUGCUCUGGCGCUUCGGGAGUGCGCUGAGGUCGCCCCCUGCGCCGUCGCCAUGAAGCUCCGCAAAGCCUUCCUGCUGCUGCUGCUCCUGGCGUUGGCGCAGCUGCUGGCCCCGGCAAGCGUCGAUGGGGCGGACGAAGAUUCUCCUGAUAGGGAAAACGCCAUUGAGGAUGAAGAUGAGGAAGAGGAUGAUGAUGACGAGGAGGAGGAAGACUUGGAAGUGAAGGAAGAAAACGGCGUCUUAGUCUUAACUGAUGCCAACUUUGAUAGCUUUGUGGCUGACAAGGACACAGUGCUCCUAGAGUUCUAUGCGCCAUGGUGCGGACAUUGCAAGCAGUUUGCUCCAGAGUAUGAGAAAAUUGCCAGCACGCUGAAGGAUAAUGACCCCCCAAUUCCUGUGGCUAAGAUAGAUGCCACCUCGGCAUCCAUGUUGGCCAGCAGGUUUGAUGUGAGCGGCUAUCCCACCAUCAAGCUCCUGAAGAAAGGCCAGGCUGUUGACUAUGAGGGCUCCAGGACCCAGGAAGAAAUCAUUGCCAAGGUCAGGGAAGUCUCCCAGCCAGACUGGACACCUCCACCUGAAGUCACGCUGGUGUUGACUAAGGAGAACUUUGACGAGGUUGUAAAUGACGCUGACAUCAUCCUGGUGGAGUUUUAUGCCCCAUGGUGCGGGCACUGCAAGAAGCUGGCACCUGAGUAUGAGAAGGCGGCCAAGGAACUGAGCAAGCGCUCUCCUCCCAUCCCUCUGGCCAAGGUUGACGCCACUGCAGAGACUGACCUGGCUAAGAGGUUCGAUGUCUCCGGCUACCCCACCUUGAAAAUCUUUCGCAAGGGAAGGUCUUUCGACUACAAUGGUCCCCGGGAGAAAUACGGCAUCGUGGACUACAUGAUCGAGCAGUCGGGGCCUCCCUCCAAGGAGAUUCAGAGCCUGAAGCAAGUCCAGGAUUUCCUGAAGGAUGGGGAUGAUGUCAUUAUCAUUGGGGUCUUCCAGGGGGACAGUGACCCUGCCUACCAACAGUAUCAGGAUGCAGCUAACAACCUGCGAGAAGAUUACAAAUUCUACCAUACUUUCAACACUGAAAUUACUAAGUUCCUGAAGGUGUCCCCAGGGAAGCUGGUUGUCAUGCAGCCUGAGAAGUUUCAGUCUAAGUACGAGGCCCAGCACCACGUGCUGGACGUACAGGGUUCCACCCCAGCUUCGGCCAUCAAGGACCACGUCGUGAAGCAUGCUUUGCCCUUGGUGGGCCACCGCAAGACCUCCAACGAUGCCAAGCGUUACACCAAGCGCCCCCUGGUGGUUGUCUACUAUACUGUGGACUUCAGCUUUGACUACCGUACUGCCACUCAGUUCUGGCGGAGCAAGGUCCUAGAGGUGGCAAAGGACUUCCCUGAGUACACUUUCGCUAUUGCCGACGAGGAGGACUAUGCCACAGAGGUGAAGGACCUGGGGCUCAGCGAGAGCGGCGAGGACAUCAAUGCGGCCAUCCUGGAUGAGGGCGGGCACAAGUUCGCCAUGGAGCCCCAGGAGUUUGAUGCUGACGCCCUCCGGGAUUUCGUCACAGCUUUCAAAAAGGGAAAACUGAAGCCUGUCAUCAAAUCCCAGCCAGUGCCCAAGAACAACAAGGGCCCAGUCAAGGUGGUAGUGGGCAAGACCUUUGAUGCCAUCGUCAUGGAUCCCAAGAAAGAUGUCCUCAUCGAGUUCUACGCUCCCUGGUGUGGGCACUGCAAGCAGCUCGAGCCCAUCUACACCAGCCUGGCCAAGAAGUACAAAGGCCAGAAGAGCCUGGUCAUCGCCAAGAUGGACGCCACUGCCAACGACGUCCCCAGUGACCGCUACAAGGUGGACGGCUUCCCCACCAUCUACUUUGCCCCCAGUGGGGACAAAAAGAACCCAGUUAAAUUUGAGGGUGGGGACAGAGACCUGGAGCACCUGAGCAAGUUCGUCGAGGAGCACAGCACACAGUGGGGAAGGACCAAGGAGGAGCUUUGAGGCUAGCUUCCCAGGGCGGGAGGCUCUGUGCCCCGCCGGCCGUUGACACAGUGGGGCGGUGCAGCUGCCUGUUUAUUUUUGUAUUUGGUAUGUCAUCUCGUGCUCUGAAUACUGAAUAGCCGUGAAUGACCAGGUUAGGUUGGGUUUUUAUGGUGGAUACAUUUUUAUCAUUUGGGGUGUUUUAUUUGUUUUUUUAACCUUCUACUUUGUUUAAUAUUUCCUCAAAGCACCUAAGUUGAAUCUCUUCCAUGUGAGAAUGUUUUUUAAUUUAAUGUUUAAAAAAACCUUUGCCAAAUCA